CGAUUUCGCCUUGAUGACAGUCCGUCAGUUGAAAUUUUGCGGUGUGAAGAGAGGAGAGUAGAUUGUGCAAUUUUGCUCGUUUUCAUCAUAAAUAUUCUUCGCAGUCGGAAAAUUUUACUUUCACUGACAAUAAACUCUAGAAUUCGCAUUUCGGUUCUUCUCACAUCUAUUCCUGGACAUCGGUUUAUUGAAAUAAUUAGUGAACAAUAGUGUAGUUUUUCCAUAACUGGUUUUUGUUUAAUAGACUGCGGUUUUUGGCACGAGUUUUGCGGUAAAUAACACUGAAUGGUUUAAAAGACCUCCUCAAUGGGAUUGUGUAACCAGCGGGGGAUGUCAGCAGCCGCCAGAUGAGCAGCAUGGGCCAGUUCCACCGGGCGCCGUCUUUGCCGGUACAUUACCAGCGCAUGUGUUGAUGGGCGGGGCCGGGGCGGGCGCGGGGCGGGCGGCGCGCGCGCUGCGCCUGCUGCUCCUGCUGGUGCUGGCGCUGGCGGCCGUGGAGUACCUGUUCGGCUCCCUGCUGGACGCCACUCCGCUGCGGACGUACCUGUACAAGCCGCAGAACGCCACCGCGCUGCCGGUGCUGAGAGAGGAGGCGUUGGGGGCCGGGCCUGCGGAUAAGAGCAUGCACCUGGAAACAGUGAAGCCAUCACCAUCAUGGAUGAACAAAAUGGCCGACAGUUCAUCCGUCCCGGAGAAAAACGUUUCGCUCUCCAGCAACAUAACCUCAAAACUAAACUCUACCGGCACUAUGAGUAGUGCGAUAUUAGUGUCCAAAAUUGUUGAUAGUAUAAAAAAUUUAGUGUCUACAGAAGCAGGUGAAAAGAAUGAAACUGAACUGCCAGUUUGUCAAGACCCCACUGAUCUAGGUCCAAUCCCAGUGAACAAGACGGAGAUAGAGCUGGAGUACGUGGAGUCGAAGUACCCGGAGGUGCGCUGGGGCGGGCGGUACGCGCCCAGUAACUGCACCGCCAAGCACAAGGUCGCCAUUAUUGUGCCAUUUAGGGAUCGUCUGCAACAUUUAGCGAUAUUUUUAAACCACAUGCACCCGUUUCUCAUGAAGCAACAGCUAGAAUAUGGAAUUUUCAUUGUGGAACAAGAAGGCUCCAUGGCGUUCAACCGAGCCAAGCUCAUGAACGUGGGGUUCGUGGAGAGCCAGAAGCAGAAGGCGGGCGGCUGGCAGUGCCACAUCUUCCACGAUAUAGACUUGUUGCCGCUGGACAGUCGCAAUUUCUACUCGUGCCCGCGCCAGCCGCGACACAUGUCCGCCUCCAUAGACACACACAACUACAGGUUGCUGUACCAAGACAUUUUUGGGGGGGUGUCGGCCAUGACAGUAGAACAAUUCAAAAAUGUGAAUGGUUUCUCAAACAAAUACUGGGGCUGGGGCGGCGAAGACGACGACAUGUCUCAUAGAUUGAAAAGAAAGAAUUACCACAUAGCAAGAUAUAAAAUGUCCAUAGCAAGAUACGCCAUGCUGGCGCAUAAAAAGUCAUCUCCAAAUCCUAAAAGGUACCAGCUCCUGUCGCAAACCAACAAGAUCCAGGACAAGGACGGCCUAUCCACACUGCAGUACGAGCUGCUAGAGAUCACUCACCGGCGUCUCUACACCCACAUCCUCACCAACAUCGACGAGCGCAGCUGAUGGCCGUACUUCGCCAAGCUGUUGUUUGGCGAAGAGCGGUAACACACGCAACUGUCAAAGUGGAUAUUUGGCGAAGAUAGGUAACACAAGCGACUGUCAAUGUGGCUGUUUGGCAAAAGGCGGUAACACAGGCAACUGUCAAAGUGGUUAUUUGGCGAAGAGUGGUAACACAAGCAACUGUCAAUUGUGGGACUCUGUGUUGUAGAAUGACGACGAGCGGUAACACACGCAACUGUCAAAGUUGUUUGGCGAAGAGCGGCAACACAGAAGCAACUGUCAAUUGUGGGA